UCUAACGUAUCUUUCAUUGUUUUCGUUUCGUUUCGUUUUCUUCGACGCACCAACUCCUACACUCUCUGUUGACAUUCAACCGCAGCCGCCCGCCUCCCUAGCAACGCCGAUCUCCGCCGUAAUACGCGUCGAGAAUUAUGAAUUGUAUAGGCUUGCAGUAAUGCAAGAGAGUUGACCUCUGCAUUAAUCACUGCGCAUGUUUAGCAACCGUAGCUUAAUAAGAUCGGGAAGAAAGAAGAUUGGCAGCAUGAACAAAACAAGAACAUUUUUUGGAAUCUCGCUCUCGUUGAUUAUAAUCAACAUGGCUGCUAUAAUGGAACGUGCUGAUGAGAAUCUGCUUCCAGCUGUUUACAAAGAAGUCAGUGAAGCUUUCCAAGUCGGGCCAUCAGAUCUUGGAUAUCUUACUUUUAUCAGGAACUUUGUUCAGGGAAUGGCAUCACCUGUGGCAGGUGUUUUGGCUAUCAGUUAUGACCGACCUACAAUUCUAACUAUUGGCAUUCUCUGCUGGGCCUUAUCAACAGCUGCUGUUGGAGCAAGCAAGUAUUUCUUUCAAGUUGCAUUCUGGAGAGCAAUAAAUGGCUUCGGGCUAGCAAUUGUUAUACCAGCACUUCAGUCUUUCAUUGCGGAUAGCUAUAUGGAUGGUAUAAGGGGCACUGGGUUUGGAUUUCUGAAUCUAGUUGGCACAGUAGGGGGCAUAGGAGGUGGAGCUAUUGCCACUGUUAUGGCUGGUCAUGAUUUAUGGGGCAUACCUGGAUGGAGAUGCGCCUUCUUGAUAAUGGGAGCAUUGAGCUGUUUAAUUGCAUUCCUCGUCUAUCAGCUCGUUGUAGAUCCAAAAAGAAAUAUCAGUGCACAUGAUACAAGCAAGAUGUCUGACAGGGAGAGUUUGAUGGAAACUCGAACUACAAGUUCGACAACAAUAUGGCUGGAGUCCUGGUCAGCCAUGAAAACCAUAAUGAAAGUUCCAACCUUUCAAUUCAUUGUAUUACAAGGUCUUGUUGGUUCAGUCCCCUGGACAGCAAUUGUUUUCAUCACGUUAUGGUUCGAACUAAUUGGUUUCGACCACAACAGUGCAGCAACCUUGGUCGGUCUGUUCGCUGCUGGAUGCGCACUAGGGUCGUUUUUGGGUGGAGUAAUAGCAGAUAGAAUGUCUCGUGCAUACCCUUACUCCGGGAGAGUCAUGUGCGCACAGUUCAGUUCUUUCAUGGGCAUACCCUUCUCUCUCUUCCUUCUCCGAGUUAUUCCCCAAGAAGUGAGCAGUUACUACACAUACGCCACCACACUUUUCCUGAUGGGCCUUACAAUCAGCUGGUGUGCCACAGCCACCAACGGCCCGAUGUUUGCUGAGGUCGUCCCUCCCAAACACCGAACCAUGAUCUAUGCAUUCGACCGUGCUUUUGAAGUGUCGUUCUCGUCGUUUGCUGCUCCCAUUGUUGGAAUCCUUGCAGAGAAGAUAUACGGGUAUGAUUCUAAGUCGGUGGACCCCGUGUUAGGGUCGAGGAGGGAGGCUAUGGCGUUGUCGAGAGGGCUUCUAUCGAUGAUGGUAGUCCCCUUCGGGUUGUGCAGCUUGUUUUACAGUCCUUUGUAUUGGACCUUUAAGCAGGACAGGGAGAAUGCAAGAUUGGCGAGUGUAAAGGAAAAUGAGAUGCUAUGAGUGUAAGAUUUUGUUUUGGUAAACACUGAUAUACUUAAAUUAGUUUACUUAACACACUCUUUUCAGAUAGUAAUUAAUUUACUACCACUUUCACUUAUGUAUUACUACUAUUUCUUAUUUGAAGAAAUUGCUAUUUUACACUUGUAUAUGCAAGUGACGGUGAUUA